AUGUCCACGUUACCAACUAUUGGUAGUAUGGAGACCUUCUCUUCUUCAUCAAGACAGCACCAUGAGGAAAACAAUAGACUCAAAGGCGUAUUGAACAGAUUUGUAGACCUCAUGUCCACCAACACGGAUAUUCAGCAAAACGGUGGUAUGGUCAUUUCAGGUCCAAUGGACAUUUCUUCUCCCUACAACACAAGACACGUAACGCAUGUUGGUUUUGAUGCAAAUACUGGCGAAUUCACUGGUCUUCCAAAAGAAUGGCAUACGUUACUGAAAGCAAGUGGUAUCACUCAGACCGAACAGGAGCAAAAUCCACAGGCUGUCAUUAAUGCAAUUGAGUUUUAUCAAGAAUCAAGAGAUCUGGACGAGGCUGUAUGGCACAAAAUUCCAAAGACGCAUAGUCUGAGAAGUAGUGUUCAAUCGGAAUCAUCAACAUCAGAUGUUGUAUCGCAUUACCAACCCCAGAAAUCAACGGGAAAUGCUAUCGCUAAAUCACUGCGUCGAUUAUCUAAACUCAAAUUCUCUGACUAUACAAAACGCUCGUCUGUGGCUUCAAAUCGAUCAUCCAUACUUGUGGAAAAUCAAAAGACACCAGUCAUCUCCCGUCCGAGUGAGACAGCAUUUGCAAAACAAAAAUCAGACAUUUCAUUGCCAAUAUUAAUAGAAAAGGUCUCACUACCACCAUCACCAUCAUCGCCUGUACCAACGUCCGUAAGUAAAAAGACCGAGAAGAAGGAGCAAGAGGAGAGUUACCCUCCAGUCAUCAAGCGAAAGCAGAAAGAGCCGAAACAGCAGGAAUUAGACGUUGUGAAACAACUAAAAGACAUUUGCUAUACCGUGGAUCCAAAUGAUAUUUACAAAGAUAUGAUCAAAAUUGGACAAGGCGCAUCGGGUGGUGUGUUUAUUGCUCAUCGUACAUUCACAAAUGAUAAUGGCGAAAAAACAACAAUGCCUGUGGCCAUCAAGCAAAUGAAUCUGGAGCAACAGCCCAAGAAGGAGCUCAUCAUCAACGAGAUUUUGGUCAUGAAGAAGUCUCAGAACCCAAAUAUCGUCAAUUAUCUGGAUUCUUACCUUUGGAAAGGAGAUUUAUGGGUUGUUAUGGAGUAUAUGGAGGGAGGAAGUCUUACAGACGUUGUCACUUGCAAUAUGAUGAUGGAAGGCCAGAUUGCUGCUGUCUGUAAAGAGGUAUUGCAAGGCUUACAUCAUUUGCAUUCAAAUGGUGUCAUUCAUAGAGACAUUAAGAGUGAUAAUAUCUUGUUGAGCCUUCAAGGUGAUAUUAAACUGACCGACUUUGGAUUCUGUGCUCAAUUAAACGAAAGUCAAGCUAAACGCACAACCAUGGUGGGAACUCCUUACUGGAUGGCCCCUGAGGUCGUAACCCGUAAGGAAUAUGGAUCCAAAGUGGAUAUUUGGUCGUUGGGUAUCAUGGCAAUUGAGAUGAUUGAAGGGGAGCCACCUUAUCUGAAUGAAAAUCCAUUAAGGGCACUCUAUCUGAUUGCAACAAAUGGUACACCCACAUUACAAAGCCCUGAAUCUCUUUCAGAAGUGUUUAGAGACUUUUUGUCAAAAUGUUUGGAGGUAGACCCAGAGAUUCGUCCCUCUGCCGAAGACAUGUUGAAGCAUCCUUUUUUGGCACUUGCAGAUCCUCUUCGCUCGCUGUCUCCUCUCAUUCGUGCUGCAAAAGAGAGCACUGCGAGCUCUUGA